GCCACCAGGGAUUUGGGGAUCCUGAGAAUAGCCUGAAAGUGUUGCAUGAGGAGCAGCUGAGGAGGAGGAGGAAGAGAAGGCGGGGAGGGGGAGUGAAGGGCUUGGAAAGGAGGCAGAGCUUGCAGGAGGCUGCAGAAGCCGACUGGGCCUAAUAACGAGCAGGACUUUCCUGCGUUUUCGGGGGCAUCAUUGAGUCUGCAGCAGGGUGCAAGAGGACGGCGCUGCCUGAAGGACUGAACGUGUUCUUACACACACACCGUGCCAGCCUGAAGGACUCUGGGCUGCUGCAUGCUUUGGCUAAAGAGCAAGGGUACUGCAGGUAAAUGUUGGGAGAGGAAGAAUGAUAGAAACCCAAUGGAUGGAGCUGCUAGAUGGGGGGAAAGGAAACAAGAGAGAGAAAAACCUGGAGAAAACUGGGAGAAGAGGAAUGAAUCCAAUGCUUUUCAGCAUGUAAUCCAGCAAAUAAUACAGCAAGCAGGGGAAAGAAGCCUGUGUCCUCCGAGUAGGAAAAGCUCCUCUACUGAACCCAGCUUUCAAUCUUAGAAGGAAAUGAACGCAAGGAAGAAACCACAUAAAUGCCUGGAAUGUGGAAAGAGCUUUAGCACAAGUGGAGAAUUUACUAUACACCACAGAACCCACACUAGGGAAAAACCACAUAAAUGCCUGGAGUGUGGAAAGAGCUUCAGCCGGAGAACACAUCUUAUUGUACACCAUAGAACCCACACAGGGGAGAAACCACAUAAAUGCCUGGAGUGUGGAAAGAGCUUCAGCCAGAGAGCACAUCUUAUUAUACACCAUAGAACCCACACUGGGGAGAAACCACAUAAAUGCCUGGAGUGUGGAAAGAGCUUCAGCCAGAGAGUACAACUUAUUGUACACCAUAGAACCCACACUGGGGAGAAGCCACAUAAAUGCCUAGAGUGUGGAAAGAGCUUCAGCACAAGUGGACAUCUUAUUAUACACCAUAGAACCCACACUGGGGAGAAAUCACAUAAAUGCCUGGAGUGUGGAAAGAGCUUCAGCCGGAGAUCAAAUCUUAUUGUACACCAUAGAACCCACACUGGGGAGAAACCACAUAAAUGCCAGGAGUGUGGAAAGAGCUUCAGCACAAGAGGAGCUCUUACUGUACACCACAGAACCCACACUGGAGAAAAACCACAUAAAUGCUUGGAGUGUGGAAAGAGCUUCAGCACGAGUGGAGAACUUACUGUACACCACAGAACCCACACUGGGGAGAAGCCACAUAAAUGCCCGGAGUGUGGAAAGCGCUUAAGCACGAGUGGAAAACUUAUUGUACAUCACAGAACCCACACUGGGGAGAAACCACAUAAAUGCCUGGAGUGUGGAAAGAGUUUCAGCACGAGUGGAGAACUUACUAUACACCACAGAACCCACACUGGAGAGAAGCCACAUAAAUGCCUGGAGUGUGGAAAGAGCUUCAGCACAAGUUCAUAUCUUAUUGUACACCACAGAACCCACACUGGGGAGAAGCCACAUAAAUGUCUGGAGUGUGGAAAGAGCUUCAGCAGAAGAGGAGCUCUUACUGUACACCACAGAGCCCACACUGGGGAGAAACCACAUAAAUGCUGGUAGUGUGGACAGAGCUUUAGCAGGAGUGGAGAAUUUACUGUACACCACCGAACCCGCACUGGAGAAAAACCACAAAUGCUUGGAGUGUGGAAAGAGCUUCAGCCAGAGAGCACAUCUUAUUGUACACCAUAGAACCCAUACUGGAGAGAAGCCACAUAAACAAAAGAAGCAUGGUGGAACAGUGAGAACCAGUGAGACACUGUUAUCCCUGGAUAUAAACUCUAUAGAAAAGGCAGGGAGGGGCGCCUUGGAGGUGGAGUAGCACUGUAUGUUAAAGAAGGGAUAGAAUCUAACAAGCUAGAAAACCUAGUUGGACUGGAGUCCUCCACAGAAACCCAUCCAAGGCCUGAAAGGGAACGUGCUACUGGGGACGUGCUAUUGCCCUCGGGAUCAAAACGCUGACAGAUCAAAACGCUGACAGCGACUGGAAGUUGCAGGAGGAAAUCAGGGAGGCGUCAAGGAGAGGCAGGGUUGUGAUAAUGGGUGACUUCAAUUACCCACACAUAGGCUGGGUAAAUUCAGUCAGGUAAUGACAAAGAGGUCAAAUCAGAUACGCUGAAGAACUGGGCCCUAGAACAAGUUGGUCUUGGAACCAACCAGAGAGAAGGUGACCUUGGACUUAAUCCUGAGUGGCAGUGGCACCCAGGACCUGGUGUGUGAUGUCAGUAUCAUCAACCCUUUUUAGGGAACAGUGACCAUAGUGUGAUCAAAUUCAGCAUACAUGUGGGGAGAGAAUCACCAAGGAAGUCUAACACAGACAUUUUGAAUUUCAGAAGAGAAAACGUCUCCAAAAUGAGUAUGGUGAAAAGAAAGCGGAAAGGGAAAAUCAGGAGAGUCACUUUGCUGCAGAGUGCAUGGAGUUUACUCAAAAUCACAGUACUAGAAGCCCAGUUAGAUUGUAUACCCCAAAGGAGGAAAGGUACCGCUAUGUCCAGGAGGAUGCCAGCAUGGCUAACAUUCGACAACAAUGUGCAAAAACAUGUAUGAAAAUGUACUUCAUGAUCCUUAAUGCAUGAAAAUGUACUUCAUUAUCUUUUUUCCCGUUAUACUUUUUAGUCGAUUUUCACAACACAAAAAGACGAACACAAAUGAUACAAACACUCAUAAACACACACAAUAAAGACUUCCAUCUCA